AAAAUGUAGUUAUUUACUGAAAUCUGUAAUUCACUCAAAGGAAAUAAUUAUGAAGCUUACAGUUCAGAAAUCAAGUUAGAAAGAUGUAUGAUUUCUGCAAUUUCCCUUCUGUGUGUCGUAUUUGCAUGAAGCCAACACAGGACUGCAGCAUUCAAAGUCCGGUUCCUGAAAAUGCCCUCGUAACGUACGAAGCCUUGCUCAACGAGAUAACAUUCGUUCCGCAAAAGGAAAUUUUAAACGAAAUUCCUUCUCAUCUAUGCAACGAUUGCGCCCGCAGACUAGAUGAGUUUGCCCAGCUUAAGCGGCAUAGUACGCUGAUCCUGCAAUUUUUCAUUGCCCUGGUGGAUGGCAAGAGAUGCAAAGACUUUGGUUCCAUGCAGGAGCUUUUCAAACAUGGAGCACAAUUUUUGGAGCAACGCAUUUGUGCGUUAAAUAACGUCGUUGAGAGCGAUUUUUGUUUGCAGCAGUUGAUCGAAGAUAUCCUCUGCAAAUCCGAACAAAAGGAAGACGAAUUGGCUGAAAAUGAACCAGCAGUGAUCCCCAAGAUAGAGGAGAUCAAAGUUGAGGAGCUGGAGGAAGAGAAUGUUCAGUCGCCUAAUGUCGAGGAUGAUAGUAUUAAUGAAAGCAGUGAAAUUGAAGCAGAAACGGAAUCGGAUGAGCUUGUUUUAUCUAGCAGAAAACGCAAACGGAAAACGUAUGAGCCAAAAUCAUCGGGGAAAAUAAUACGUCGUGACGGAGCACGGUUUAAGCUGUGCGGAUUAGUUGGUUGUAAUGAGGAGUAUGAACUGGGUAAUCGCGGUCUCUAUUUGGCCCACGAGAGAAAGUUUCAUCGCUGGGCGUGCGACUUGUGUGGACGAGUUUUGGCAUCGAGGACUUCCUUUCGCAACCAUGUGUUGUUGCAUGACGGCGAAAAAGCGAAAUGUGAGUUUUGCGAUCGUACAUUCACUACUAAGGGCAGCAUGAUGACACACGUGCGAGAGAUUCACAACACUUCCGGUGUGAAUUUUACGUGCUUCUACUGCGGGGAAGGAUUUAUGGAGCAAAAAGAUCAUUUCGCUCAUAUGGCUGAGCAUCGCCAGUGUAAGCAUUGCGAUAAAAAGUUUACAGAUACUGCCACAUGGAUUGCGCAUACGCGGCGGAAACAUCCUGACAUGUUGUUCUCCUGCGAUCAAUGUGACCGCACUUCGCUAAGCCAAACGUUUUUGGAUCGUCACAAGCGCAUGAAACAUUCAACGGAAAGUAGCAAGGAACCACAGCCCAAGCGGUUUACCGUUAUCGCCAUUAAUGGGGCGACGUUCCAUCACUGUCCGCAGUGCAAUGCUCAGUUCACAACUGAACCAUUCCUCCUUCAGCAUAACAAGGAAGCUCACAACAGGCCGGAGAGUGAAAAGCAUAAGCAGGAGCCGAUUAUCAAGCGCAGAUCCCGUGAAGAGCGUGAAAAAUUUGGCUAUCGCUACAGCUGUGACACGUGCGGUAAAUGGUACCGUUUUAAAAAUUCUUUAUGGUCUCACAAAAAUAAGGAGCAUCGGUCGGUUGAGAAAAAAGCAAUUUGCGACAUUUGCGGCAAUCAUUUCAAGCACCAAUCUUACCUAACUGCACACAUUGCAAAAAUGCAUGCCACUGAACUACCUUUCAAGUGCGAACUCUGUCCUAAAGCGUACUCUCAUGCUCCGUACCUAAAAGAGCACAUGAAAUCGCACGAUCCGGAUAAAAGCUUCAAAUGUCCCCACUGUGAUUAUCUUGCGAAGCAAGCGCACGUACUGGAAACGCACGUCAUUCGAAAGCACACCACCGAACGGCCGGUUCGGUGUCCGGAAUGUGAUAAAGGCUUUAUACGCAGUGCCGAUUUGCGCCGACACAUGAGCGUGCACAGUGACGAAACACCCUUCCGAUGUGGGGAAUGUGGGGAAGCUUUCCGUCGCAAGUGUGACCUCGGCUGGCACCGCUCGAAGGUUCACCUGGGAAUGGGCACCAAACAGCGCAAAUCGGCCACCGGCAAGGGUGUGGAGCGACUCGAAGGCUUGCCGACCGAGGGAGAGCUUGGCUUGUUUAAGCUGGCGCUUAUGGAGCGAAAAUCAUAACUUUUUUCUCACGUGGAUACCAUAAGCUCGAAAUAAAUGAUCAUGACCAAUCUUGGUUAUAUGCAGUCACAUGUUAUAAAAUACUCUACGCCGGUAGGUUCAUUUUGUGUAGGUAUUUGAUUAAGUGUAUUCCUGGUACCAGUAAACUGAGAUAUUGAACUUGAUUUACAGGGAAAUCUCGCUCUUUCAAAGGAGGUAAAAUAAAAUUUUUGAUUAGAAUUAAAAAUAUCAUUUAAAGGACAUUUCUGUUUAUUUUUAAAUGACGAUAUAUAAAUAUUGUUUUAAAUAGAACUGAAAUUUUAGGAAUGAAUACAAUAACUACAGGAUUUAAUUAACAAUUAGGCAAAAGAUAUUCUACUGAAAAACUUUCU